UUUUUGCUUCCUUCUUCCUGGUUUCCGUGAUCAUGUGAAUACUUCAGCUAACAAGGUUCACUCAGCCGUCCCGGCCAUACACACUACCCCAGUUUGAGUACUCGACACCCCGCUACAACCUGCGCUGGUUCCCACUAGCUACGCUAAUGGCGGAUGGAGAGCGUAGCCCGUUGCUUUCGGACCAGCACGACGGGACGAAUGGUCCCGUCUCGUAUGACUUUCCCCCGAGGCCACAGAGUUUUCCUCCAUUCCUCAGCCCCAGUGCCCCCCCUCCGGUCCUGUUCGGUGAAGCCCCCCCUCCCUACUCUCCCCUGGGCAGCCCAGACAUUGGCAGCUCUCCCAUCAUCAGUUGUAGGGUAUGUCAGAGUGCCAUCAACGUGGAGGGAAAGACACACCAACACGUAGUCAAGUGUGUCAUCUGCAAUGAGGCUACGCCUAUAAAGAAUGCUCCGGCAGGGAAGAAGUAUGUGCGCUGUCCCUGUAACUGUCUCCUCAUCUGUAAAGUCACCUCACAGAGGAUCGCCUGUCCCCGACUUUACUGUAAGCGUGUCAUGAACUUGGGUCUGGUACAUGCUGCAGGGUCGGGUUCAGACAGUCCAGAACCUCAACAACUCGCUGGGGUCAGAGUGGUCUGUGGACACUGCAGAAACACAUUCCUGUGGACUGAGUUCUCAGACAGAACGUUAGCCAGAUGUCCCCACUGCAGAAAAGUCUCUUCUGUUGGCCGGCGGUACCCCAGGAGGCGGGGCUUGUGGUGUUUCCUGUUGUUUUUGGUUUUCUCCGGCGGCACGGCAGGACUAGUGGUGGGAACGUGUAAACCAGCCUUGCUCCACAGAGGGAUCUAUGCCUCUUGGGUCUUCCUGAUUCUCCUGGCUGUACUGAGCAUGUGCAGAAUGAUCUAUUGGGGCUGUCUGAAGAUCAGCGAACCCGUCCAGAACAUCACAUAGAGCAGUGGUUCUCAAACUGACAGGGGCGGCACAGCUUUAAACUUACUCUUGAAAAUUGUAAUAGUAGAAUGAGCAAGGUACAGUUUGUAAAUUGGGUAGUACAUUAUCAGUACCUCUUGUCAUUAUAGACCUUAGAGAGAGAUUAGUGUAACUUGUCAGAAAUGUCCAGAUCAUCUAGUCCAUGUCAGAUAACAUUUCCUUAAGGUUUUGUUUAGGCCAUUGAUAUUGUUGUACAUUUUUAUUUUUUUUGUCACUCAAAUAUCACAUGAAUAUAGACAUUAGAAAUGGCAAAAAUGUAUAGAAUUGCAACAACAACAAAAUGCUUUAAAUCUGCAACAUUUUCUUUGCAAACACAUGACAAAAUGUGUAGAAUUGCAGGAACUAUACUUUAAACCUGCAACAUUCUCUCCACCAACAAGAGGGGAGGUGAAUAGUU